GGGAAUCUGCCUACUGAUAUCACCGAGGAAGAUUUCAAGCGCCUCUUCGAGCGCUAUGGGGAGCCUAGCGAGGUCUUCAUCAAUCGGGACCGUGGCUUCGGCUUCAUUCGCCUGGAAUCUAGGACACUGGCUGAAAUAGCAAAGGCAGAACUUGAUGGUACUAUAUUGAAGAGCAGACCUCUUCGAAUUCGAUUUGCUACACAUGGAGCUGCCCUAACGGUCAAGAAUCUUUCACCUGUAGUUUCUAAUGAGCUGCUGGAACAAGCAUUCUCUCAAUUUGGGCCAGUGGAAAGAGCUGUUGUUGUAGUAGAUGAUCGCGGCAGAGCUACAGGAAAAGGUUUCGUAGAGUUUGCAGCAAAACCUCCAGCACGGAAAGCUCUAGAAAGAUGCAGUGAUGGGGCAUUCUUGCUAACAAC